CUCCGCAGACGCCGGGGAGCUCUGCGGCCGGAGCGGCAGGCGGUUCCCCACCCCUCCAGGCGCUUCCAGGCAGCCCUCCGAGCCGUGCCCGGGGCCCAGCCCGCCGUGCCCAGCCCCGAGCCAUGAUGAAGACCUUGUCCAGUGGGAACUGCACGCUCAGCGUGCCGGCCAAGAACUCCUACCGCAUGGUGGUGCUGGGCGCGUCCCGCGUGGGCAAGAGCGCCAUCGUCUCUCGCUUCCUCAACGGCCGCUUUGAGGACCAGUACACGCCCACCAUCGAGGACUUCCACCGCAAGGUGUACAACAUCCGCGGUGACAUGUACCAGCUGGACAUCCUGGACACAUCUGGCAAUCACCCGUUUCCCGCCAUGCGCCGGCUGUCCAUCCUCACAGGCGACGUCUUCAUCCUGGUGUUCAGCCUGGACAACCGCGAGUCCUUCGACGAGGUCAAGCGCCUCCAGAAGCAGAUUCUGGAGGUCAAGUCCUGCCUGAAGAACAAGACCAAGGAGACGGCCGAGCUGCCCAUGGUCAUCUGCGGCAACAAGAAUGACCACGGGGAGCUGUGCCGCCAGGUCCCUGCCACCGAGGCCGAGCUGCUGGUGUCGGGCGACGAGAACUGCGCCUACUUCGAGGUGUCGGCCAAGAAGAACACGAACGUGGACGAGAUGUUCUACGUCCUGUUCAGCAUGGCCAAGCUGCCCCACGAGAUGAGCCCCGCGCUGCACCGCAAGAUCUCCGUGCAGUACGGGGACGCCUUCCACCCCCGGCCCUUCUGCAUGCGCCGCACCAAGGAUGUGGAUGCCUAUGGCAUGGUCUCCCCCUUCGCCCGUCGCCCCAGCGUCAACAGUGACCUCAAGUACAUAAAGGCCAAGGUCCUUCGGGAGGGCCAGGCCCGUGAGAGGGACAAAUGUAGCAUCCAGUGAGCGGCAGGGACGCCGGGAAUAGGAUCGGGGCAGUGCCUUAAGGGAGAUGACCCAGGUGCCUGCUGCCCAUGUCUCGCGAAGCCCCGUGUGGCGUGACACCCCGUACAUUCUCCUGCCUUCUUGCCGCCUCCCUCCGAGUCCCCCCACAUCUCUGGCUCCCGGUGGCUUCUGCCCCUCUGUAGGAGGACAGGAGACAGUUUGGAGACAUGCCAUUACUUGUGCUGAGACCCAAGUUGGAGCUUUCCUGUCCUUGGGGGUGGAAGGAACACAGAUGCCAGAAGGGGCCAGGAGCCCUGCGUCAAAUGAAGCUGCUUGGAACAAGUUGUAGGAUAAAAACAAACACCCGAGCCAGAUGUCUGGGGGGCCCCUCUGCUCUCCUGGUGAGGGCCAGCUCUGCUCCUGGGGGAAUCGCCUCCCAGGCCUGGCCCGGCUGUGCCCAUUCACCCCUCCACUUGGCCCCCAGCCGCCCCAACAUUGAGCCAGUGGCAUGUGUGUGGGGUGGGGUGGGGUCCCUCAGACCACAGCUGUCUCGAAUCCCUUCCUGUGCCCCACUCCCAGGCUCUCUUCCACGUGACAGCGCUAGUUCUUGAAGCUAUGUCCCUGUCAUGUCCAGCAGUAGAUAGGAAGUCCUUGUACUGUAAGAGCCUAGCGACCCGUCUUUGGCCAGGCCUGCCCCCAUUUCAGAUCCUCUUCCUUAGCUGAGGAGACGUUCCUCCCUGCUUCCAGGCAGGGCACCUUUGGCUUUUCCAGCUGGGCCCUGCCCUCCACAUACCAGGCAGACAUCAGGGCAGCACAACAGAUGGGCCAAGGUGCCCCUCUUGCCCCAUUUCCAGAGAGGAGUGAUUGGCGCUCAAGAGGGGAAAGUGACCACUCGAGCCCCACCCCAGCUCCUGGCUUGCUCGGGAUGGAGCCCUGCCAAGAGCCAGCUUUCCUCCGCGAUGCAUCCCUCAUGCGUUGGUCGAGUGCCGAGUAGGUGCUGGGUUCACUGUGCGCUAGCAGACAGGGUGAGGGGGUCCUCUUAUGUCCCCAGCGGCAGCCUCUGCCAUCCCUGGUAUCCCAUGGCUUUCUGCACACCACACGGUUGGGAGCUGGAGCAGAGCCCCACAGAGGUGAGUGCCCAGUCCUGGGCGGGUACCUCCUACCCCUGCACAGGGGCUUUGACCCUGCCAACCAAAGGCAUUCGUCAUCUACUCUGAGCAGAUUUGUACUCAGCCCACCCAAGAGUGCUGACACCAAGGCUCACCAGAAACCACAGCAGCCCAUCUAGUGAGUUUCCACCAAGCCAGAGAGAGGAGGUGUCUUGCCCCGGGUCACACCGCAAAACCUGCCGGAGGCAAGACCAACUUUGGGCCAUCAGCGCCUGCCCGCGCUGUGUCCCCUCUUCUUGACGCUUCCUCGCUGGGCCCUGGGACCCUCAGGGAUUCGGGCUCUGGCACUCCACUUCUCCCCCCACUCCGCCCCCGCCCAGCGUGGUCACCGAGGGCGCCUGUACGAGCCGUACACGUCGUGAACACGCGGGCACUGGUUCGAGCCUCGCUCACUGCUCCUCAGGCCUGGCCCCACUGCGCCCACGCCUCCACAAGAGCUACCAUGGCCUGCUUCUGUCCCCAACCUGUCCUGCCUCCCCAGGCCCAACCCUCAAGAGCAGACCAAGUACUUGUCCAGACACGUGUGGCCUGGUCCCACCCAGUCACGCCCCACUGCCUGGGUCUCUGUGUACACUAUCGAUUAAAAUGGGUUUGUUACGCA